AUGCACCUCACGUUUAAGACGUUAAAGCAGCAGACAUUCUUCUUAGACGCUAACGAGUCGGAUCUGGUAGGAGAUGUUAAGGAAAAUAUUAAAAAGUCAAAGCCGGAGGAUUAUGGGGGUUCGCAACUGAAGUUAAUUUAUUCUGGAAAGGUAAUGGAAGAUGACAAAACUCUUGGUCAUUAUGGAGUCACCGAAAAAGGCUUUAUCGUCGUUAUGGCACAGAUUGUAAAACAGCCUAAAGAGAGCAACCUGGAGCCCAUCAAAAAAAUUCCAUCAUCUACAGCCCCUGCUGCAUCAGAGACGCCUGAGGCUGCCUCGUCUACGAAGGAAAAUCCGCCUUCCCAGGCUCCAGCGUCAUCUGAGCCGACCGCCACUAUGGAUGCGUCGCUGUCGUCCGGAGGAAAUGCUCUUUUAACUGGGGAUAAAUUGGAGGAAGCAAUUAAAAACAUUGUAGAAAUGGGGUUUGAACGAGAUCAGGUAGCUCUAUUAGUUGUUUACCUGGUACUUCAAGCCUUACGAUUAAGCUUCAACAAUCCGGAUCGUGCUGUGGAGUACUUAGUUUCAGGUUCGAUGCCGGCAACGGUUUCUGAACAGCCACCCGCACAACAUCAGGCUCCUACAGCCACUGUUCCUCAGCAGCCACCCACGUCAGAGUCUGGCGUUUCUCGAGAUACCACCAAUGAGCCAGGUACCGGUGCCAAUCCUAUGCAGCUGCUCACUCAACUUCCACAGUUCCAGCAACUGCGGGCUCUCCGUGGCAACCCCCAACUUCUCACCCAGUACAUCCAGCAGCUUAGUACAUCCAACCCAGAACUCCUUAGGCUCAUUCAAGCCAAUGAACAGGCCUUUCUAGAUUUCAUAAAUGCAGACGAUGAUGUGACAAAUCCAGAGGGUGAGCAACCCCAACCACUCCCCCAUCAUAUAAUACGUCUAACCGAACAAGAAAAAUCCGCUAUUGACCGGCUUAAGGCACUCGGCUUUCCCGAGGAUGAUGUUAUUCAGGCUUACUUCGCCUGCGACAAGGAUGAGGAACUUGCGGCCAACUUCUUACUCAGCGAAAACCAGGAUGAUGCAGUGUAG